UUCAUCAAUAACUGUCAUCAAACGUUCCGAACCCAUCGACCCACUUCAUCUUAUCCAAAUUCCUGUGUAAACAUCGCACCAGCGCAAUGGCAUCGAGUUCAUCGAAGACAAAACAGAAAACGGCAUCGGGAAGCGCUUCAUCCUCAUCUCCAUCUAGCGGACCUCCUGUAGGAAUCGAUUUGGGAACAACUUAUUCUUGCGUGGGGGUGUUUCGCAACGGCGCAGUGGACAUCAUCCCCAACGACCAAGGGAACAGGACAACCCCCAGCUUCGUUGCGUUCACCAACGUCGAGAGGUUGGUGGGGGACUCGGCGAAGCAGCAGGCUGCCAUGAACCCGAGCAACACCGUUUUUGAUGCCAAAAGACUCAUCGGUAGAAAAUUCGACGAUCCCGCAGUGAAACAAGACAUGAAACAUUGGCCGUUCGAGAUCGUAAACGAGAACGGCAAGCCGAAGAUAAGGGUUUCGUACAAAAAUGAAACGAAGACGUUCUAUCCGGAGGAAAUAUCUUCUAUGGUCUUGGGAAAAAUGAGGGAAAUCGCAGCCAGCUUCCUUGGAUCGAAUGUAUCGAGGGCUGUGAUAACUGUACCCGCUUAUUUCAAUGAUUCACAAAGACAAGCCACGAAAGAUGCUGGGACCAUUGCAGGAUUAGAUGUGUUGAGGAUUAUAAAUGAACCGACUGCAGCUGCUAUAGCAUAUGGUUUAGAUAAGAAGGGUGAGAACGAAAAGUACAUCUUAAUAUUUGAUAUGGGCGGCGGCACAUUUGAUGUUUCAAUUUUGCUCCAAGCGGGUGGAAUUUUUGAAGUUAAGGCUACAGCAGGUGAUACCCAUCUUGGUGGACAGGAUAUCGACAAUGCCAUGACUGAAUUUUUUGCGGAGGAAUUCAACAGGAAAUACAAGGUCAAUAUUAUGGAUAACAAGAGGGCACUCAGACGACUGCAGACCGCUUGCGAGAGGGCCAAGAGGACGCUCUCCUCAGCUACCCAGGCCUCUAUCGAGAUCGACUCUCUGGCUGAAGGUAUCGAUUUAUAUACGAACAUUUCUCGGGCGAAAUUCGAAGAAAUGAAUAUGGGGAUAUUCAGAAGGACGAUGGAACCAGUUGAAAAAGCGAUCAAGGAUGCCAAGUUGACAAAGGGCCAGAUAAAUGAAGUCGUUCUCGUGGGAGGAUCUACUCGUAUCCCUAAAAUCCAGACGAUGUUACAAAAUCUAUUCCAAGGCAAAGCUUUAAACAAGUCAAUAAACCCAGAUGAAGCGGUAGCCUAUGGCGCCGCUGUUCAAGCCGCCAUCUUAGUAGGUGACAAAUCGGAAACAGUGGCAGAUCUGCUUCUGCUCGACGUUACACCACUGUCACUUGGCAUCGAAACUGCCGGCGGUGUUAUGACUAUCAUAAUAUCCAGGAAUUCAACAAUACCGAUCAAACAUUCGCAGAUUUUCUCCACCUACGCUGAUAAUCAACCAGGAGUCCUCAUUCAAGUUUACGAAGGUGAAAGGUCAAUGACUAAGGAUAAUAAUCUUUUGGGGAAGUUCGAGUUGGUGGGAAUCCCCCCUGCACCAAGGGGCAUUCCGCAGAUUGAAGUUACUUUCGAUAUUGAUGCAAACGGUAUACUGAAUGUAAGCGCAAUAGAAGCCGCAACUGGUCGUAGGAAUACCAUAACAAUAAAAAAUGACAAAGGGCGGUUAUCGAGCGCCCAAAUUCAAGCAAUGGUGAAGGAAGCAGAAAAGUAUCGGGAACAAGAUGACAUGAUGAGAGCUCGAGUGGCGGCUAAAAACGAACUGGAAACUUACGUAUAUCAGAUCAAAAAUAUGAUAAAUGAACCAGUUCUCGAAGGAAAAAUUCCGGCCUCUGAUAGAACAACUCUAAUGAACGCAUGCGAAGCUGCAUUAGAUUGGAUUGCAAAAAAUCCGAACGCUUCAGAACAAGAGAUUAGUCAUAAGAAACAGGAAAUAGAAAAUAUCUGCAAGCCAAUAGCUACCAGACUAUAUGCAACAGUUGCUGGAAGUCAAUUUUCACCGCAAGGACGGCAAUUUCCAACAAAUAGUUCAGAAAAUCAAGGGCCCAUAAUAGAUGAAGCAGAUUAGGAAGGAAUUAUUUGAUAUUUACCUAUUAGUACGUCCUUGUUAACGAAAAUAAAGAUGAGUCCAUUUUCUAUUACAAAGUUCGAACGAUCUAUGACGAAUUCAAAGGUCUAUGCUUCUAACCAAAGACGUUACUUUAACCAAACUUUGUGAUGUCUGUUAAGAUAAAAACAAACAUUCUUAAAUUAUGUGAAAAAUAGUAGAUAAUAAUAUAAGAUGAAUACUUAAGUCCAUAAAAAUUAUGGAAGAUAAACUUAUUUCAGAUAUUCUUUCCAAUGGAUGCUUAUCACACAGGGAAGCUGCAAUGGCCAAGCAAAUAUAUCUAGAGCUAUCUGAAGUAAAAAGGUAUUGGGAUGUUCAAUAUUUUUUCCACAAAGCUCAUCAAAGAACAUACAUUACAGCAAAAAUUCAGAAGACAGAAAAAUCCAGCCUCUUUGUACCUAAUCAUGUCUCCGAUAGUACUAAUUUUAUGCAAAUGAAACAUUUAUUAUCUUUGAACAGUGACAAUGAAUAUCAAGGUUUUUAGUGUAUAUAUAGCUUUCAUCAAUGCAGACUCUACCUGUGUAUUCUAUCAAAUAAGCGAGGGACUUAUACAGCCUAA